AUGCGUUGCUGGAAAAGGUGUUGUCGUCAUCUUCUUCGUCGGCUUCCGGUGGUGGUGGGAAUGACAGCCGGGGAAAGCUCCGGGGGCAUGAUUCCUGUGGAGCCACCGUCACCUCCCAUUCCACCAGACACCCACGUCACGCGCUCACACAAGAAAUCGUCCAAGCACAACUCUGGACCGAGCAACUCGCUGGGUGGCACGAGUGGUUCCAAUCUCGGGAGGAAUUUGCCUUCUCCUCGUGAGAUCUCCGAGGAGCUUGACAAGUUCGUCAUCGGCCAGGACCGAGCCAAAAAGGUGUGAUGGUGCUCGUGUUCUUGCUUUUAUCUUACGUUUGGUUGUUCUUCUCUUCCAGGUGUUGUCUGUGGCAGUCUAUAAUCACUACAAACGGAUUCAC